GGAUGGAUGGACUUUUUAUUGAAACUUGAUUGAAGCCAUCACCAGCAGCAUUAUUAUUUUAUACACAUUUCCCAUAAGUCAGCCUGAGAUAUGUUGUAUUUUUGGAAAGUCUGAAGUCUGUACUAGAGAUUAAAAUAAUGACAAAAGCAUCUCUGUCCUAACACAUUGUUCGUUGGUUAAUUUGAAGGUGGUCAAACUGCCAUUGCUUUCUCUGUGCUUACAGUGCUUCCUUCCUCCUCUCCCUCCCCACUCUGUAUCUAUAUCCUCUCUUCUCUAAUCCCUCUCUGCGGCUUGCUCUCUUCCCUUUUUUCCCACUCUUCUUUCUUCUCAUCUCUAACUCUCACCCCCCGUCAUUACCCUCUUCCUGUGUCUCUACUCUCUCUAGCUCUCUAUCUCUUACUCUCUCCAUGUGUGUUACCAGUCGCUCAUGACCCAGCUGUCCAGCCUCAAGCUGACUGUGGAGCACACACAGCUGGAGAAGCAGCACUGGGAGGAGCGCUGGCGCAGCGCACAGGCAGAAAUCUCAGAGCUGCAGCAGCUCCUGGCCUCCAAAGACGCUGAGAUCGAAUGCCUGCAGACCCAGCUGCUGGCCAGAGGCGGCACAGCCAAUGACAACGCAGAGAGAGACCAGGAAUACCAGAGGUUGAAGGUGGGGAUGGAGUCUUUGCUAGCUUCAAAUGAUGAAAAGGAUCGACGUAUAGAGGAGCUGACCAUCCUGCUUAGCCAGUACAGAAAGAUGAGGGAGGUUAUGGCCCUGACACAGGGGAGUAGUGAAGAGGAGCUGAGUGGCAGUUUAAGACUCAGGGCCGUCACACACAAAGCACACUCUGAUAUCCUCAGGUCAGAGAUGUCAUCAAGAGGGUCUUCUCCACUUAUGUUAUCCUCAUCUCCUUACCAGAGAGAAUUGGAAUCAAGCAUCCAGAACUCUAUGGACACAUCGUUGGUGUCCACUGGGGACAUAAGCUUUGUUAAUGGUUCAUGGCAUCAGCGCAGGUUGCUGUCCAGCAGUCUUGAAGAGUUGCAGAGUGGAUCCUUACAAAAGGCUGUAGAGUUCCAGCCAGUUGAAACUGAAUCAGAUGUAGGGGCAGAGAGUCCCCACAUGGAGUUGAGCAAGUACCAGACUCUGCCGGGAAAACUAAAAAGUAAAAAGAGCGAGCUGAGGGUUGAACUGAACGGCGACAGAGAGGGAGACGGAGAGUAUUUAUCUCCUGUCCGGCUUUCUCCUGUCCACAGCCACGACCAGGACUACAGUCUCAUUCGCUGCAGGAGUGCCAGUGCUCCGGCUUUGGGAUCUCCUGGGAAACAUGACCUCUAUGAUGUUGGGGGUCCAGAGAAACUAGAGGAGUGCGUUCUGUCAGACCAGUCCCCUCUGUCCUCUGGAGUGGACUCUGGACAGCAGUCCCCUGUCUCACCAGAGAACAGGAAGAGUCAAAGAGGCAUUAAGAAACUCUGGGGGAACGUUUUGGUUGCCCCCAGGAUUCGGCGCAGCCAAUCAGGUAGUCCUGCCCAGCUUCACGACCCCGAGCUGGGAGAGUUCAAGAGGGGAGGCUUCAGAGCUACAGCUGGACCUAGACUGGCCCGUUCAGGGAACACACGAGACCUGAAGACGCCCUUUUCUAAGUGGAGCACAGAGCAGGUGUGUGACUGGCUUGAGGAAACUGGACUCAGUCAGUACUGCAUCCCUGCUCGCCACUGGGUCACCAGCGGUCAGACUCUACUGUCGGCCACCACGCAAGACCUAGAGAGGGAGCUGGCAAUGAAGAAUCCGCUCCACAGGAAGAAGCUCCGGUUAGCCAUCAAGACGUUCAGCAGCAAGCAGCCUGAGAAGUCUGCAGAGCUUGAUUACAUCUGGGUCACUCGUUGGCUCGAUGACAUCGGCCUUCCUCAGUAUAAAGACCAGUUUAAUGAUGGAAGAGUGGAUGGGCAGAUGCUGCAGUACCUCACUGUGAAUGACCUGUUAUUCCUUAAAGUGACCAGCCAGUUGCAUCACCUCAGCAUCAAAUGCGCUAUUCAUGUUCUCCAUGUUUCCAAGUUCCACCCUAACUGCCUCAAACGGAGGCCCAGCAAUGAGAACCAGUUCACUCCCAGUGAGGUGGUCCAGUGGUCCAACCACCGAGUCAUGGAGUGGCUGAGAUCUGUGGAUCUGGCAGAGUACGCACCAAACCUGAGGGGCAGCGGUGUGCAUGGGGGGCUGGUGAUGCUGGAGCCUCGGUUUAACUCAGACACUCUGGCCAUGCUGCUGAACAUCCCUCCUCAGAAAACACUGCUGAGACGCCACCUCACCACCAACUUCAACAACCUGGUGGGAGCACAAGCUCAGCAGGAGAAGAGGGAGUACACUGAGGCAGCGGGGUACACCCCACUCAGCAUCACAGCUAAAGUCAAGCCGAAGAAGUUGGGCUUCUCUAACUUGACUCACCUCAGAAAGAAGCGGCCGGAUGAAUCCACGGACUACGUCUGUCCAAUCGAGUCGUCCUCGCCUCAGUCAGGACAGUCUGCAGUGAACGGGGUACAGGUGCGGCCCUACGCCGGCUUCAGAGGCCUGAGCCCCAUCUUGGACCGAGAGCCAGACCGGCCCAGGGACCAGGUGGGCCUCGAAGACGAGCUGAAAAGCUGAUCCAUUCCCAUGACCACAAAUGUGACAACAAUAUGGCGAUACCGUGUUGUCACACUUUCCAUCAGCCAAUCAGCUGCCACUGCUUCUACUACUUUGCUUCCUUUGCUUGCGGCCCAUAAUACCUCAGCCCAUUCCCUCCCUGCUCCUCUAAUCCCCGCCCAUCAGCCCGACCCCGUGCCUUACGUGUGAACAGAUUCAGAGGCGUCCACAUGAACCUGCCUGACUGUUUUACAGUCACAGUUGCUUGUCACGAAGGGUGUACUGAGACGAUGAAUCAACACACUUGAAGUAUUUUGAUUUAAUUUCCAGAUGCCUCACUAACCCGACUUCAGCCUCAAACCUGUGCCAUGAUCUAACUCAUCAUGAGAGAACACAUCAACUCUCUGGACUCCAAUUACUUCCUUUAAUCCAUGCUGUAUAUUUGGAUGUCAUUUGUACAGUCUAACAUUUGUACAGUCUAACAUUUGUGCACCACUAUUAGAUGAUUUUUUUGGGUGAGUCGGUCAUCGCAUCAUUUACAACUUUGAUUUCUUUAAUACAGUUCUGUCACAUGGUUGAGAUGAACUUGUGCAAUAUUUGCAUAAUAAUAUGGAGUGGAUUUUAUUUAAUAUUUAUGUCAUUGCAGAGGAAAUGAUAAAUAGCAUGUUUCAUUUGAACCUGAGGUGGUGAUUUUUGUACUGUUAUUUUCAUAUUUGCUGUAAUAGUAUUUUUAUAGUAAAGAAAAUCCUGCUCCACUAAAUGAAGCUUACAUGUGGUCAUGUAAAUGUAAAAAGAUUUAUCAAAUCAUUUAAUAAACAAAAUCAUACGUGUGUAAA